AUGUACACGAGGAAGUUGCUCGACGUCGCGAGUCGCGGAUUAUCCGAUUCUGAAAAACACGACGUGGAUAAACCGUGGGUCAAAACGGGGAGUAAUUAUUUAUUCGGCCUAUGGAGUUUAAUAGUGCACUUAAUCCUAUUAUGGGGCGUGUUGGACGUUAAUUUUCAUUCACCUAUUAUUAAGGAAUUGCCAGUUGUAGCGGCACCGCAUGGAGCACCAGCUAAAAGAGUGUUUCUUUUUGUGGCAGAUGGUUUAAGGUUUCAGACAUUUAUAGAUAAGCCACCACUUUAUCUCAGAAGCAUAAUGAAGAAUAAUAAAGGUAUUUGGGGAGUAUCUCACACAAGAGUACCUACAGAAUCAAGACCUGGUCAUGUCGCAAUUGCUGCAGGAUUAUAUGAGGAUCCUAGUGCUAUCUUCAAAGGAUGGCAGGAGAAUCCAGUAGACUUUGACUCUAUCUUCAACCAAAGUCAUUUUACUUGGGCUUGGGGCAGCCCAGAUAUCAUUCCAAUAUUUACAAAAGGUAGCAAACAGAAUAUUCAUGGAAAGACUUAUCCUUCUGCGUGGCAAGACUUUGAUGCUAAUUUGAAUAACCAGACAAUGCGCCUGGAUUCCUGGGUGUUUGAUGCCUACUUGGAAUGGCUACAUUCUACUGUAGCUGACACAGUGAGAGAUCAAAAAGGAAUAAUUUUCUUCUUUCAUCUACUUGGAUGUGACACUUUGGGACAUGCUAAAAAGCCGUAUUCCAAGGAGUACACGGAAAACAUGAACUAUGUCGAUCGUAGGAUUGAAGAGAUUGUUAACGUGACAGAAAGGUUUUUUAAAGAAGGCACUACUGCUUAUGUCUUUACGGCAGAUCAUGGAAUGACUGAUUGGGGAUCGCACGGAAGCGGUUUGACGUCAGAGACCGAAACACCAUUGAUUAUUUGGGGAGCUGGAAUAGAGUCGUCUGGACAUCGUCAAGAUGUCGAGCAGGCGAGCAUAGCACCUCUGAUAGCGUCUUUAGUAGGAAUUCCCAUCCCUGUAAAUAAUGAAGGCUUGUUACCGUGGCGGUAUUUCGACAGCGAUUAUCACGAAUACGUAGGAAGAGCUUUACUCAGCAACGUGAAGCAGCUUGCGCAUCAAGUAACCGGAAAUCGAGCGAUAAAUUGCGGAAACGGUGGCCAUACCGAUUGGCGGGAAGAACAAUUGAAUGACAAAAUUCGUAAAAUCGAGUAUUAUUUCGAUCGAGGCGACGUGACAGAGGGAAUCCGCGAGGGUGAUGCAGCAAUCAUUUUCGCCAAGGAGGCCUUAUUGUAUUUUCGGCAAUAUCAGCGAACGCGAUUCCUAACUUAUCUAUCGAUAAUGUGGUUUGGCUGGAUAACCAUAUUAUUCUUAAAGAUAGCUGGCGUAAAACGUCAAUAUCGCCGAAUCUCCUUGCUACUAUUGACAAAUAUCGGAUUCGCGAGUCUACUGAUAAUAACACUAAUGGGACAUAUAGUGUCCGAUUGCGGUAGUUGGAGAUUGCCGUGCUAUGCGUCCUUCGCAAUAAUAUCCGUUUGGCUCGCUGUGGCCUCCAUGAUCACGUCAACGCCUGUAUUCGCAAUAAAGAAUGAGAGGAAACUUCUUAUAGAAAUCGGAGGCACGCUAUUUCUACUGGUAAUGCUAUUUAUUGGACUGACGUAUAGAUUCGUCCUUAGCAUAGGUAUGUUAUCUACCAUCUUAAUACGAAGAAUGCAAUCGGAAAACGCACAAUCUCCUAUGCUUCUUUGGACAUCUCUGGCACUGUGCGUCUUUCCUUUAUUACCAGUCGUGGAACCGUACCCACGUGUUUACAUUGUGAUAAUCAGCAUAUGUCUGACUAUUUCGACAGUGGUUCUCCUUGAGACUUCGCGGGCUUUGAAAAUUAUGGAGAUCCUGCGUCUAGUGAUCACGGGUUUUGUAUAUAUGAAAUUUAUCGAUGGUCGAUACUGGGUAUCGUGGAUUAUUCUAUUGACAACGCCGUUGUGCAUCUGGCAGUACCCAACUGACGUCAAAACAAGAAUGCUGGGCAUAACACUCGGACUUUUCUGCCCGUUCGCGUUAUUGUCCGCGUCUUAUGAGCCGCUUUUUUUGCUGACGCUGACUGGCAAUUUAUAUUGUUGGUUGACGGUCGCCCCGACCACUCUAAAGCGUUCAAAAGGGAACACGUUGAUCACGGAAGACAUGAUUAAAGCAGCAUUUUUCAUGUUAUACACACUAUUGUGUUUCUUCGGCACGGGUAAUAUGGCGAGUAUCAGUUCAUUCGACCCGUCUUGGACGCGCCACUUCGUCACUGUCUUCUCUCCGUUUCUAAUGACAUCCUUAAUACUGUUUAAACUCAGCAUUCCUUUGAUACUAGUCGGUUGUGCGAGUCACGCUCUAGGAACUAAGUCUAUUUCCUUGGCUGUUCUCUUUCUGGGAGAUUGUCUAUCGUUACCUUUAAUGUACUCCGUCACGCCGUAUGGCAGUUGGCUCGACAUAGGUAGCGCUAUUAGUAAAUUUAUAAUUGCUAUUUCUCUUCCGUGCCUCUUGCUAUUGCUACAGUGUCUCUCGCAUCCGCUUAUGGAAGUAAAUUUGAAACGAUUCCAAGUAAGUUUAGCUUCUCAGAAAACGCAUAUCGUGUAAUUUUUUAAUCACUUAUGGACACGUAACGCGCUAUUAAAUGAAAAUUAAUAAUUUAAAAUGUACAUUUUGUAUAACCAUUUGUUCACAAACUUUAUAUAUGGAAGUUAAAUGAACAAAUUGUAAAUUAAAAAACUUGGCAACAAAGAAACUCCAAGAUCGAUACUGUAUUAGAAUGAAUGAAAUAUCACUAUUCAUAUGCUUGCUAUUAUGUUAAAAUAUUCAGAGAGAGAGGAGAGGGAGG